UUCGAUGGUCGAAGUACCCAAAAAAAACCUUUGAAAUUCAAAGUUUUUUUUACAUUGAAUCCUUCACUCGAGCUUAGUAAAUGUGCCCCUUAGUCAGACACCCUCUGCAUUCAGGAAAGUUACACCAUUCCCCCGUCAGUAAGUUUUGUUGUUACAUGAAAACUCUCUUCCCACCUUCAUACAAAAUAUUCAGGUGGAAUAAGGAUUUAGAGUAAUGCUAUGAGUAUUAGUCAUAAUACUAUGGUCCAUAGUGCUAGCACAGAAGGAUCAGCAUACCAGUGCUGUGGAAUGUGCUGCCUGGCAAUGUCUAUGGCCAGCAUGUAAAGGGUUAAAUAAGACAUACAAUCCAAAUAUAAAAAUACAAUUUAAUUGUGUGGACUUUAACUGUAUGUCAUUUCUGUAUACAAAAACACGCAACAGAAUCCUGCAUGGGUCCAGUGGGACAGACCCGUGCCCUGACCAGACCUCUAACCUGCAAGGUGCCCAUCCCUGCUACCUGCAAGUUGUUACGUUUUUAACUGUACCCGGGACACAUGAGACUGUGGUGUUACCAUUGGUCAGAAGUGAACCGGAGGUAGAUCAUCUGCAUCAGGAAGAAAAUGCUCUUUUAAAUGGGGAAAGCGUAUGGGAUAAAAGCCUGCGACCCAUGAUUAUCCAUGCGGUCUGGGACUUUCUGCUCAAAAUCCCACCAAUUUGUGGGCACCUGCCCCGAAGCAGGAUUCUAAUAGUACAGAAUUGAUUUAUACCUUACUUUUAAUAUAAUGUCAAGACGGGGUCAGCCAGAUUUGAACAGGGGACAACUUGCUCUGCCGUCACAUGCUGUACCGCGGAGCUAUACCCCCUGACAAAGGAAUUGUGCAGCAAAUUCCACAGGUGAACUAUAGGUAAAAUAUUAUAAAUAUGGGUUUGUCUUGCCUCCUGGAGUGGCAGGUUCUUCAUGUGGUCAAUUUGCUGGCUCUACCCCCAACCUUAGCUGCCCUGUAGCCCAUACCUGCCUCUCAUUUGCAGUUUCUGCAACCAGUAGUCUAGUGCCUCUGUCCCAAUUAGAGCAGAAUGUCCCCAUGAAGUGAACUCUGGGCCCAGCCAGCAGUUCUUAUGGCUCCGGCAGUAUUGGACAUUGCAAAUUAUGCAAAGGUUUUUGCCUCAAGUGCAGUCAUAAGUAAAUACUGUAAGGAUAUGCGAACAACACCUUACAAGCAACAUGUCACUACUUCCAGCGUUAUGUCAUACAGGCCCAGAUUUGUGGCGAGGCAGCAAAAAAUUAGGGUCAGCAUGCCGACCAGCCACAAUAAGGGGACCUGUGUGUCCCCAUUCAGCUGGACCAUUAGCCGGUACUUACACGCAUGCACACGCAGCUGGGAGUAGUGCAUGUGCUAGGGCCAUGUGCCUGCCUAGGUGCAUCCCCCUUUCAAAGGCACCAUUCCCCAGUGCUUUCGCGCAUUUGUUUGAGCCUGCAGGGUUGUGGGUGUGCGAUUGGACCGCAUGGCCUAGGGGCACCUGACCGAGGAAUACUGGCCCUAAAGGCAAACACUUGGGGAGUGACGCCCACUUCCAGGGCCACCAUCAGGGGGGUAUAGCUGUACCGGGGCUAAAGGGGGGCCCAGCUGUGCUGGAAAGAUCAUGUGGUGCUAAAGACCCGAAGCCGUGCCAAAGACCCAAAGCAGCGCCAAAAAGACCCGAAAUCAUGAAAACACCCAAAGCCAUGAAAAUACCCAAAGAUGAAGUCCUGAAGCCACGAAAAGACCCAAAGUUACGAAAGGAGCCAAAACAGCUGAAGAAAAACCUAAGGUAAAUUCCACCGAACACCUAUGUUUUUUAUAUUAUUUUAUUGAACUCCUGGCCACCAAUCAUUUUUAAAAUAUUCUAUGGGACCCCUGACCACCAAUGUUUUUGAAAACUUUUAUGGGGGGGGGCUGGCACAAUUUAUUUUAUUUUUUUAUAUAUGGGGCCCUGUCAUUUCUGAUGGCCCCCUGCCCACUUCAAUUGUGCCUGAUGCAGUAUGGGGAGUGCAUCGCAUCUGGCAAGCAGUAUGGAAAUGGCAUUAGCCCAUAAUUCUUUUCCAAAUGACUCAACAUGCUGUGGGACCCCUGCAAUUGCUACCAUGUUCAUCUGCCUUUCAACCACAGGCCCCCCAUAGAGGAGGCAGACCCAGCCCCCCCCCCAUAGCCAUGGGAUCUGUUUCCUAUGUAAUUAUACCACUGUUUACUACAUUUAAUGGAAACUAUCCAAACAUUGGUCAAGCCUCCUUAUAUUUAUUCUUUUAAUGAUUAUAUACUCCAAUUUCAUAAAAUGUUGGUGAAUUGCAGAUAUCUUAUCCUGCAUGUGGUUAAGCAUGACACAAAGACAGAAGAUAAAUGGUGGAUUGUAAUAUCCAUCAGCUGGAACAGGUGAAAUAGAGAUUUCCAUAGGGCAAUGCCCCAUAAAGAUCUAUAUAGGAUAAAUGGCUAUAAUGAUUGGCAGGUAAAGCGAUUCCUGCUUCUACCUGGGUAUCUGUGAGAGUUCUUCUCAUCCACAAAGUUUAUAUUUAAAAAGAAUUCUCUGAUGAACAAAGGUUGGUCAAUCUGUAUUCUAUAUACUUUUCAAACUGCUGCUCAGACUCAACUGGCACAUACCACUCAGCCACCAGCUCUAGGGUCCAACUGUCACAACUGUCAUUUAGCCAGUUUGGAGAGAUAGCAGGAGCUUGUGAGACAUGGAGAGAGAUUUUGGAGAUAAAUGCGGUAGAAGAGAUUUUUUUUUGCAGGAAAGUGAAUUUUCAGCGAAGAAGAAGAUGAAGAAGAGGAAGAAGAAGGAGGAAGAAGAUCCUUCUUGGAAAAUGAAGAAGAAGAGGAGAUGUGAGAGUCCAGUGGAAGACCCAGCUGUGGAAAGAUAUGGAGAUGGAGGUAGAAAGCAGUAUCCUCUGAGAAAAAAAAGAUCUCGAAGUCCAGAGGAGAACCCAGCUGUGGAAAGAUACAGAGAUGAGGAUAGAAAGCAGUAUCCUCUGAGAAGGAAAAGAUCUAGAAGUCCGGAGGAGGACCCAGUUGGAGGAAAAGAGAAGCAGGUUCGAGAGGACGCCAAAACAUCUGCAUACCUCGACAUCAACAAUUACAGCCUAUAUAAAGAGUUAGGCAAAGGCAGCUUUGGCAAGGUGGUGUUGGCAUCAUAUACCAUCAAGGACCAACUGACUGCUAUUAAGAUCAUCGAGAAGCAGCGGGAGGAUGACUUGAAAUAUGUCAGGAGAGAGGCAUCGGUUCUCCAGAUUGCUAGCAGGUGCCCAUUCCUAUGCCGGGCAAUGGCGACUUUCCAAACUCAGUCGCUGAUCCUGCUAGCCCUGGAGUACGUCAGUGGCGGCACUCUGCAGAACAUCAUCAAGACCCGGGGCCAUCUGAACAGUGAGCAAAUCCUGUUCUAUGCUUCAGAAAUAGUGGUAGGCAUAAAGUUCCUGCACAAGAAUGGGAUCGUUCAUAGAGACCUCAAGCCGGAGAACAUAUUGGUGGAUGACCAGGGCCACAUAAAGAUCUGUGAUUUUGGCCUUGUCUGCACCCGUAUGUAUGGAGAGAAGACGCGGUGUGGCUAUUAUGGAACACCAGGCUACACAGCACCACAGGUUUUAUCAGAGGAGAAUUACGACGCUGGAGCUGACUGGUGGUCAUUCGGCGUCAUCUUGUAUGAAAUGGCCACCGGUAAAUUACCGUUCUCGCCGAAGGGAACCCUGGAACAACAGGCAGAAACCAUUAUCAACGGAGAGCCUGAGUAUCCAGAUUCCCUUUCUUCCACCCUGCGGGACCUCAUAGAGCAGCUCUUGAAGAAGGAGGCCGACCAACGCCUUGGGGUGAAUGGCAACAUCCGGCAUCACCCUUUCUUUUCUACUCUCAAAUGGAAGAGAGUGAAGAAGAGAAAACUGGAGUCUCCCAUAAUACCUAAACCAGCCAAGGGACUCAUCAAAAAAGACAUCUCAUUCCCGAAAGAGAACCCGAGUGAGACCCGAAUGCUCAAGAGGUUCAAUUACGUGGACCCGAGCUGGCUGGAAUAAGGCGUCUGUUCCAUCGGCGAGGUAAAGCAUGACAUCAGUAGCACCUCCACUGCUUCAUCCUGCAACAUCGGGUAAUGUAUAAUGGCAACAAUCAAGGUGAGCAAAUACUGUAAUUACCAUCUUACUGUCCAGCUCUACCUUAUAAUUCCAACAUCCAAAGAGGAUCUUCUCCCCGAAAUACACCAUCUUGCAGGUUAUUAGCACUGUGGCCGACAUCACCAUAGAAAGCACUUACAGCUGCAUUUAUUAUCCCAAGUGCUUUCAGUGCCAUUACCAACGUAUGCAGCUUUGUUUUUCAUGUUCAUAGUUUUAUACUUUUUAAGUUAAAAAAAAAAAAAAACCCAUCUUCCCUUGUUUUACUACCCCAUCUUCCCAUGGUAACCAUUUCCAUAAGCACAGUCUGUGACCUCCAGGCUUUAUCAUUAUCUGUAAUGUCAUCAGAGGGGGGGAUAGGGGUGGGCAUAGCUAGUGGCUUGUGACUGGCUAAUUUGUAAUCUGUGGCCAGUCACAAGCCACCAGCGGUUCCCCUCUAAUGACAUCACAGACUACAUGCUCAACAACCCAUCCAUUUCUAUCCCUUACCAAGCAUAGCCUGUUCCCCCCAGGUCUUGUAAAGCACAAUCUGUUCCACCCAGGUCUUAUAAAGCACAGCCUGUUCCCCCCAGGUCUUAUAAAGCACAACCUGUUCCCCCCAGGUCUUAUA